AAAUCCAUGUUCCUGUUUGUGGCUGGCUGUUUCGAAUCACAGUCCGCAUCUUCCAUUCAUGGCUCCAGUCCAGCCUAUAGAUAGCAUCAGUGGUUCUCGACUGGUCUAGCAGCACCGCUGCUGUCCGACGCUACCCAGAGUAGCGCCCAGAGUAGCGUCGAGAGUAACGUCCAUAUUCAGGUGCUAUUUUGGCUCCGAGACUCGAGGAGCUUGCGCUGCUAGCCGCAGCUACUGCAUGCACUACCGAGGCCAGUAGGGCAAUGGUGCCAUCCCUUCGCGACCCCGUUUGCCUCGUCUCCAUUCUUCGCGCAGCGCGAUCGGUAGGGUAGGGAAGACUAAGCUGCCCGCUCCUUUCGGACGCACGCCGUCCCUGCGAGGCCCACCCGUUCUCGUGCAGAUUGCCUGCCUCGAGUAACUCCCCCUUUCCUCGGUCCCGAAGGUCUCUCUCGUUUUCUCGAGCCUCCCCUCGGCCUGGCCGUCGGCCGAGCGUGAGACGAGUAGCGGCGAGGCUGAUCGGCAGCGGCAGGUGAAUGUGUCGCUAGGCGCCGACCAGCGCCACCGCAUGGAUCCCGCCGCUCCCUCGUCGAGCGGCGAUCGCCCGGCGACAGGCGCGGCGGGGGAGGCGGAGAGGCGGCAGCGGCAGCGCGUGAAGCGGGAGGUGUGCGACGAGGUGCUGCGCAAGCUGCGCGAGGCGCGCCACCCGUGCCUGCAGGCCGCCGGCAUCGAGAACGACCUCCACGCGCACUUCAACCGCCUCCCCACCAGGUACGCGUUGGACGUGAACACGGAGCGCGCGGAGGACGUGUUGACGCACAAGCGCCUGCUGGAGGAGGCCGCACGCCUGCACGGGCUGCCCGUCUUCUUCGUCCGCGCCGUCCGGAUGGUGGCGGCGGGCGGCGCAGCAGCGGGCGAGGAGGGGCAGCCCGCCAGCAUGGACACGGACCACCACCUCCCCGCCGCCCUGCACCCCCAGGGCGCGCUAGCGCCGCCAGCGUUUGGGUCGUCGCCGAACCUGGAUGCGCCGGUGCAGGGCGGCGGGCAGGGCGCGGGCGCCAUGGAGGACGACCAGCAUGGGUCCCUCAGCGCGCCAUACUACAACGUGCCCAUGCACGAGGUCACCUUCUCCACCUUCGACCGCCCCAAGCUGCUCAGCCAGCUGUCGGCGGUGCUGGCGGACGCGGGGCUCAACAUCCGCGAGGCGCACGUCUUCUCCACGUCCGAUGGGCUCUCCCUCGACGUCUUCGUCGUCGACGGCUGGCCCACCGAGGACGUGGUAGACCUCCACGCAGCGUUGGUGCGAGUGCUGCAGAUGGGGGCGGGUGCAGCUCUCUCCAUGCAGCCAGAGGCGUCAGGCCAGUCGAUGCAGUCGGCGCCCGGCCCUGCCAUGUCAGAGUCAGCAGGCAUGUCCGCGCCGGCCGCAGUGGGGCACGUACCAGGGUCGCACCUGGCGGGGUCGCUGGUGUCGGGUGCGGAGUCGCGGGUGCCGAUCCCGUCAGACGGGCGGGACGACUGGGAGAUCGACAGCCAGCAGCUCAAGCUGCACCACAAGAUCGCCUCGGGCUCCUUUGGCGACCUGUACCGCGGCACGUACUGUGGGCAGGACGUGGCGAUCAAGAUCUUAAAGCCCGAGCGGCUCAACGACUCCCUGCAACAGGAGUUUGCCCAGGAGGUGUACAUCAUGAGGAAGGUUCGCCAUAAGAACGUGGUUCAAUUCAUUGGAGCCUGCACGAAACCACCUAACCUCUCUAUAGUCACAGAGUUCAUGGUGGGCGGCAGCGUGUACGAUUACAUCCACAAGCAGCGCGGCAGCAUGCGGCUGCCCAUGGUGGUGCGCGUGGCGGUGGACGUGGCGAAGGGCAUGGACUUCCUGCACAAGAACAACAUCAUCCACCGCGAUCUCAAGGCCGCCAACCUCCUCAUGGACGAAAACGAGGUGGUGAAGGUGGCGGACUUUGGUGUGGCACGGGUGAAGGCGGGCAGUGGCAUCAUGACGGCCGAGACCGGCACGUACCGCUGGAUGGCGCCCGAGGUGAUCGAGCACCGCGCGUACGACCACAAGGCGGAUGUCUUCAGCUUUGGCAUCACGCUCUGGGAGCUGCUCACGGGGAAGCUGCCAUACGCGGAUCUCACACCCCUGCAAGCCGCUGUCAGCGUGGUUCAGAAGGGUCUGCGGCCGGCCAUCCCGAAGGGCACGCACCCGCGGCUGGCGGAGCUGAUGGCGCGGUGCUGGCACUCCAACCCAGUGGAGCGCCCUGAGUUCAGCCACGUCCUCCGCAUGCUCUCUGACAUGGCGCACGAGGUGGAGGAUGAGGGCGAGGGCGAGCACAGGCGGCGGGAGAAGAGAGGCGGCUUCUUUGCCUCGCUCAAGCGCACCGGGGCAGGCGGCAAGUGACAGGCACGGGGGGCAAGUGACACGCGCUGGGGGCAAUUGACAGGGGCAGGGGGCAAGUGACAGGGCAGGGGGCAAGUGACAGGGGCAGGGGACAGGUGACAGGCGCAGGGGGCAGGUGACAGGCGCAGGGGGCAAGUGACAGGGGCAGGGGGCAAAUGACAGGGGCAGGGGGCAAGUGACAGGCGCAGGGGGCAAGUGACAGGGGCAGGGGGCAAAUGACAGGCGCAGGGGGCAAGUGGCAGGGGCAGGGGGCAAGUGGCAGGCGCAGGGGGAAAGUGUGGCAGGGGCAGGGAGGAGCAGGCGGAGGGGUUGUGGUGUUGGGGGGGGGGGAGAGGACUGGAGACGUAACACGAGCUAUGUGGGAGCAGCGCGGUGCACGCCCUUGCAUUCGCACGAGUGCUUGUAUGCGUGGAUGCAACAUGUGCACGUGCUUGUUUAUGAUGUGUGGGCUCACUUUCUAGAGUGGUCUAGCAGCAGCGUGAAUGCAGUGGAGCAGCACUGCGAGGGGGAGUGCAGAGCCAGUAGGCAGAGCCAUCUUGCGCUGCCAUGCCGCACACAGGGACAGGAGGGCAGAAAGGCAGCGAGCGAGUACUUCAAAUGCUAUCACAUACUGGAGGGCAAGAGGGAGAAGGACAGAGGGGGGUGUGGAAGCAGCAAAUGGCGUGUUGCUGCUGCCAGCAAUUUUGACAGUCCUUGGCGACUGGGUUCCAGGCUGGCUUGUGCCCUCACCUCCACACUUUUCGUCAUGGCCCCCUCUUGGGAUGCCCUCAUGCCGUCAUCUCCUCCGUGCAUUCGCCUUCAUGACAAGACAUGGCUUGGGCAAAAACAAUGCCAGCUGGCCCCCAAUUUUGCAGAUUAGAGGGAAAUAACACAUAACAUGUUGCAAAUGUAGAUUGUGAGAGCUUGGCUGAUUCGAACAGUGGUAAUCAGGCCCCCAAAUUGGUUUUGGGGGUGUCUGAUUCGUCAGGCUUGCCUGCAAUUCCUUGGUUUGGCGUAAUGGUCUGAAACGACCGUCAUUCACAAUGUUGGAAGGAUGAUGUAUUGUUUCAGCUGGCUUAUUUUCCUGGCUUGCUUGUCUAUGAAAUGCUUGAGAUAA